GUCUGUGAUACUGGCUCGUCAUUCAAUUUGGAUAACGUCGAGGUUUUUGUCGACGGAAACCAAAUUACAAUAAACAAUCCUGCAAUCAGCUUCUCAACAACCAAGCGGAUGAUUGGAGCAAAAGCAGAUGUUGUUAUUCAUCAGUACAUGAAGCCUGGUAUGAUAGAUGACGACCAUAAGGAAGUUUUCGUAGGACCAAUGAAGCUUUGCAUCUUGACCAAGGCGACCUUGAAAGAAAGCAUGCGACGUGAAUCCAUCUGUGAGCAGGACGUGAUUCUGGAACAAUCAGACGACUUUCUCGCCUAG